AUGGAGGAGCUAAAAAAGGCGGUCUGGGCUAUGCGUGCGAACAGUAGCCCCGGUCCAGAUGGGUUCGGUCCUGUUUCCUUCAAAACCUUCUGGGACACGGUCUCGCAUGAUUUAUUGGACUUCUUAAAUCAUUUCUAUUCUAGUGUUGCAGACCUUGAUGGGGUUAACCGUGCUUUUAUCACCCUGCUGCCCAAGUGCGACGUGGUGCUCUCUGCGGAAGGGUUCGGACCCAUUUCCCUCCAGAACUGUGUCAUGAAGAUUAUCUCCCGGAUAUUGACCACACGACUGCAGGAGUUUAUUGAGCUACCCGUGUCAUUCGAGCAGUCUGGAUUUAUUGCUGGGAGGUGCAUUGCUGACAAUUUCUUGUAUGCUGCUGAUUUGUAUGCAUACGACACCCUCCUCUUGAUCCGGGCUGAACAUGGACAACUCUCGCGACUGAAAUCUAUUCUGGAUGCAUUCUCCGCCGCCACGGGGCUGUCUAUCAACUUCCACAAGAGCACUUUCGUUCUGGUGGGCAUUGACCCCGCCCAUGCUGCCUCCUUGGCUGCUGAGCUUGGCUGCCCACUAUCGACGUUCCCCCAGACGUACCUCGGCUUACCUCUCUCUGAUGUGAAGCUCCCCGCUAGCACCCUGGACUUCUUGCCGAUCAAGAUUGAGCGACAACCGAAUGAUUUACAAUUUGAGCACCUGAUCACAAAGCUUGCAAGCAAGAACUGGCACUUCCCUUCCACCUUGGCUUCUCCACUUGAUAUGAAUUCUGCUUCUGUGAAUUCUAGCAAGAAAUUGGAAAUCAUCGGUCUUUGCCGUAUACUGUCCACCGGUGCUAAAGUCAUUAUCAGAGCAGAAGUUGGCUUUUGUGUCCACAAAUAUAUAGCAGUGCUCUUGGUGGCUGGGUAUUCUUCCAAGCUCCCAUCCAUGGCUCCUCUCGUCUUCCUCCUCCUAUUCGGCCAAAUCUUACUCUACACAGCCAUCGACACCAUCAACUCCACCACACCGUUUUCCGGGUCACAGAAGAUUGUGUCCCAGGGCAGCAAGUUCACCUUGGGCUUCUACUCCCCACCACAUGGUAACACCACCACUUUCCGCUACUACAUAGCCAUAUGGUAUAGCACUGUACCGCUGGUGACCACCGUGUGGACGGCAACCACCGACGUGGUGGUGUCUGACCCGACCACCGCCUCCUUGGAAAUCGCCCGCGACGGCAACCUUGUCCUCCGUGAUAUAGCCACGAACCGGCAGCUAUGGUCGACAAAUUUAAGUAUAGCCUCCAACUCCACCAUGGCCAUCAUCAGGGACAGCGGUAGCCUCGAACUAACCGAUGCAUCCAAUUCAUCCAUGGUUUAUUGGCAAAGCAUAGAGCAUCCCACAAACACCCUUCUUCCAGGGUCCAAGCUCGGGCUGAACAAAACCACGGGUCUGAGCCAGAAGCUUGUUCCUUGGAAGAACAGCGUAGACCCAUCUCCUGGGUUGUUCUCUCUGGAGCUUGACCCCAAUGGCAGCACACAGUACUUCAUUCGGUGGAAUGAAUCUGUAAACUACUGGACCAGUGGCCCCUGGGACUGGGAAGGCAAUAGAUUCAGCCUUAUGCCAGAGAUGACAGGCGAUUACAUUUACGACUUCCAAUUCGUCAACGACGCCACACAAAGCUACUUCUACUACUCGAUAAAGAAUGAUUCAUUAUUAGUCUCGCGGUUCAUCAUUGACGUGACCGGACAGAUCAAGCAGCAGGUAUGGGCGGAUAACUUACAGCAGUGGUUCUUGAUCUGGGCCGUGCCACACACACUGUGCGAUGUGUAUAUGCUCUGUGGUGCAUACGGCAGCUGCACGGACAAUGCCCUGCCGUACUGCAACUGUGUCAAGGGGUUCAGCCAGAAGGUUCAGACUGACUGGGAUCUCCAGGAUUACAGUGGUGGGUGCAAGAGGAACACACCAUUGCAGUGCCAGACCAACUCGACUUCUGCACAGGCUCCGUCUGACAAGUUCCAUAUCAUGGAAGAUGUGCGCCUACCUGAUAACGCUCAGGGUGCAGUGGCUACAGGCUCUCACGAAUGUCAGGUGGCUUGUCUGAAUAGUUGCUCUUGCACUGCUUACACUUACAAUUACACAGGGUGCUUUGUUUGGCAUGGGGACCUGAUUAAUCUCCAAGAACAGUACAGCGGGAUUGGAGGAGGCACACUCCUCCUCAGGCUUGCAGCAUCCGAGCUGCCAGAUAAGCAGAGGAAGAAAACAAAGAUCAUUGGCUCAGUUAUUGGUGGAGUUGGUGCAUUUUUUAUAAUCCUUGCAAUUGUGUUGUUCUUUCUAUCUCGGAUGUGCCGCCGAGACAGGACUUUUCGGAUAUCCAAGGCUGCUGGGGUCGCACUGACUGACUUCAGAUACAGUGAUCUGUUGGAUGAUAUUCAAAGCAUUGAUUCACUUCUUCUCGAUCUGUCAACACUAAGAGUGGCUACAAAUGACUUUGGCGACGGAACUAUGCUUGGUAAAGGAGGUUUUGGAAUGGUUCAUAAGGGAGUCCUACCUGACGGUAAACAAAUAGCAGUAAAAAGGCUAUCCCACAGUUCCAGACAAGGAAUAGGUGAACUGAAAAGUGAACUAGUCCUUGUUGCUAAGCUUCGCCACAGGAAUCUUGUGAGCCUAAUUGGCGUUUGUUUGGAAGAACAAGAGAAAAUACUUGUGUAUGAAUUUAUGCCCAACAGAAGUCUUGACACCAUUCUUUUUGACUUUGAGAAACGCAAAGACCUAGAUUGGGGGAGGAGGUUCAAGAUUAUCAGUGGAGUUGCUAGGGGAUUACAAUAUCUCCACGAAGAUUCUCAAUUGAAGAUAGUUCACCGGGACCUGAAAGCAAGCAACGUUUUGUUGGACUUUGAUUAUAACCCUAAGAUUUCUGACUUUGGCUUAGCAAAGAUAUUUGGAGGGGAUCAAUCAGAAGAUGUCACUAGACGUAUUGCGGGGACAUAUGGAUACAUGUCGCCUGAAUAUGCCAUGCAUGGUCAAUACUCAGCAAAGUCGGACGCGUUCAGCUUCGGUGUUUUGGUUUUGGAGAUCGUCACAGGAAGAAGAAACAAUGGCUCCUGCAACUCCGAGAAAUAUGUUUAUCUCGUCAAUCUUGUAUGGGAGCACUGGACCAAGGGAAAUGUCAUCGAGUUGAUCGAUCCAUCCCUUAGCGGCCAUCCCUCUCACGUUGACCAGAACAGACCUGAAGAUAGGCCGACAAUGUCGUCGGUGAAUGUCAUGCUUAGCAACCAGAGUGCUCGUCUCCCUUCUGUUUCCAUGCCAGCCUUCUGUGACAGAUUGAGUGGAUGCAGUGAUAAUUCAGAAUUGGCGUCUUCAAAUGGAAUGACCGUCACAAAACUAGAGCCAAGAUGAGCCUUGAAGCAGUUGCUGAACCAGUUUGUACUAGUGUUACUUUACUACGUAUCUUUUAGAGAUGAGUUUGAUGUACCUGGUGCUUAUGUUUCAUGGCUAUGAUGAAAAGUCUUAUGUGCCUCCAAGGUUAUCUUCAGUAUCAGUUUUGCUGUGAAGUGAGAUUAUGGUAUUGCUGCUGGAGAAAAUGUCAGUGGUAUUAUUAGCUGCGAUAUUUGGCUCAUACAAAUACAUGUAUCAAUAGUUAAUUUAGCAGCCUUUCCAUUUUGGCUAUCUUCUAAGAUUAGCUUUCGUUCUUGUAAAAUUUCACUUGCAAUAUAGA